AUCGACAGAGGAAUGGUGAUCUACAUCUGCUUCUUUAAAGGAGCCACAGACGACAUCCUCCCCAAGAUGGUGUCCACCCUGCUCAACCUGCGGCUGUGUGAGUCCGACUCGGGGAAGAUGGUGUCGGUGGCGGAGCUUCCCGGCAGCCUGCUGAUCGUCCCUCAGGCCACGCUGGGCGGGAAGUGCAAAGGCCGGGCCAUGCAGUACCACAACAACAUCAGCAAAGAGGACGGACUGCGGCUCUACGGCGCCUUCGUCUCUCUGUGUGAGCGGGAACUGACGGCGGCUGCGGUGACGGUGAAACACGGGACGUACGGGAACAGACAGGUGCUGAAGCUGGACACCAACGGACCGUACACACACCUGAUGGAGUUCUGAACCGUCGUUAAUGUCUGACAACAAGGCUGCAGACGUAUUGUGUUGAUUUGAUUUAUGUGUUUGUGAUAAAGAAACAGAGUGACACACA